AUGUCCCCCGGCAGACUAUCCCCCCUAGCCGACGUCAAGGCCCUCGCAUUCGACGUCUUCGGCACCGUGGUGGACUGGCGGUCAUCCGUGACGGACGAGCUGUGCGUCCGCGCCCACCGCAAGCUCACACGCUCGUCGUCCUCGUCGGAGACGCCCCUGCCGGCCUCUGCGAAGAGCCGUCUGGAAUCCGUGGGGGAAGAUGGUUGGGGCCGGUUCGCGCAGGAGUGGCGCGACUCGUACGGCCGGUUCACGCGGGGCUUCGACCCGUCGACGGACCCAUGGAAGACGAUAGACGAGCACCAUCACGACAGCCUCGUGUCGCUCCUGGCGGGGUGGGGUCUGGCAGACCUGUACACGCCGUCCGAGACGGAGUCUCUCAGCCUGGUGUGGCACCGUCUCCGGCCGUGGGCGGACUCGGCUCCGGGACUGGACGCCCUGGCUCGGUGCCGCGGCGGCGACGAGGCACUCACCCUCUCCACACUAUCCAACGGGAACACAUCGCUCCUCAAUGACCUAGCCGACUUUGGCGACCUACCCUUUCACAGGAUCCUGUCGGCCGAGACGUUCCGCGCUUACAAGCCCGAUCCGGCCGUGUAUCUGGGCGCGGCGCGCGAGCUGGGCCUCCGGCCUGGACAGGUGGCCAUGGUGGCCGCGCACCUCAACGAUCUCGAGGCCGCGAGGGGCUGCGGGCUGCGUACCGUGUAUGUCGAGAGGCCGCAGGAGGAGGCCUGGUCCGAGGACGACGAGAGGUAUCGCGAUGCCAGGGGGUGGGUCGAUCUAUGGGUUGGUGAGGGGGAGGGCGGGUUCGAGGAGCUUGCCCGACGGCUGUCGCGGGGGGGUUGA